GUGCGCAUGACCGCAGCCCUGCACAGGAUUCAUAACGCACCUCCUGGCUUCAUAAUCAAGUUUAAUAUCAUCGAAAGAGUUGAUCGGUUCAUUGAAAUAAUUCAAGAGUCAUGAGUUAAUCGCGCAGUCCCGCCUUGAACAGGGAAAUGUGACCUUGAUUUGUGAGCAUGAAGUUUGGGUCUGUUAAUGAGCUGGAGAUGAAGAGCUCUUCAUAACUCUCCUCACACUCACUUCAGUGAUGCUGCCGCUGAGUCCAGCACAUCGCUUUCUGCUCACUUCCAGCAAGGCAGGUCGUCCCUGCUCAGUUUAUUUGCGCUUGUAAUCAGGUCUAUCACCAGGAAGCCUCAUUACGCCAUAUAUUUCUUUAAUUCAGCUUAUUUGGACUCAUAAUGUCUGGACUGAAGUUGAACGGGGCACUGAUUCUGUGCGUCCUGAUGCUGUCGUUCUCUCUGCCGCACGGUCAGGUGCUGGACUGUCGCGAAGUGCGCUCGUCUUUUCAGUUUUUGUACCCGGGGAUGAAAUGGACCCCAGAAACGCCAGUCUCAGGCUCAGAUCUGCAGGUGUGCCAGCCGAAAGGCCUGACUUGCUGUUCUCGCAAAAUGGAGGAGCGCUACUUGCUCAUUGCCAAACAGAAUAUGGAGACCAGUCUCCAGGCCACCAGCACCCAGCUGAAAGUUCUCAUCAUUCAGAAUGCCGCCCUAUUUCAAGAGGCUUUUGACAUGGUGCUGCGUCUGGGUCGUAAUUCCACUCUGAUGCUCUUACGGGAGGAGUUUCCCAGUUUGGGGGCCGGUGCCAGUGGAGCCGUCACACAGUUAUUCCUGGAAAUGUCUCUCUACAUCCUGGGCUCUGAUGCUAACGUAAACGACAUGGUCUCAACCUUCUUUUCCCGAAUUUUUCCUUUCACCUACCGCCGUCUCCUUGGCAAUGGGGCAGUGACAGGCAUCUCGGAAGAAUGCCUCCGUGGGGCCUGGAGGGGAAGCUCUGCAUUUGGAUCGUUUCCGAAGAUGAUGAUGACCCGGCUGUCUCGUUCGCUCCUGGCCACUCGGGUCUUCCUGCAAGCGCUGAACCUGGGCAUCGAGGUGGUCAACACCACCCAGCACCUGCGUGCGGGCAGGGACUGCGGGCGCUCGCUGCUGAAGCUCUGGUACUGUCCGCACUGUCAAGGCCUGCUGGAGGCCCGGCCGUGUCGCCCGCUGUGUGUCAGCACCAUGGGGGCGUGUAUGGGUGGAGCUGCGGAGGUGCAGCCUCACUGGAGGUCAUACGUGGAGGAACUGGGGUCACUCGCCGCUGCCAUGAAGGGGGAGCAGGACAUCGAGGCCGUGGUGCUCAGACUGCACGUCAUUAUCAGACAGGCUCUAAAACAAGCCGUGGCCGCCAAGAGCAAAGUCAGCGCACAGGUGAGCGGGAUAUGUGCACACGCGCCCCCGCGGGUGUCUCGUGCUGCACCGAUGUCGGCAGAACACGCAGCUGCCUCGCCGGUGGCCCACAGUCGUCCAACUGUGAACUUUGACCCCGAUGAGACCCUCUUUGGACGGCGCAGGGAGUUUAUCUCGGGUCUGAGGGGCUUCAGUCAGUUCUACAGUGGCCUCGGAGAAGCUCUGUGCAGCAAAGAGCCAACGGCACUCAACAGCUCCUUCUGCUGGAACGGACAGGAGAUGACAGACAAGUUUACUGGUCCAGGGAUAAAGAAAGUCAAUCCACAUGGCUCAGAACCCAGACAAAAGCCUCCUGAACCCGUCAUCAGCCAGAUCAUCGACAAACUGAAGCACAUCAAUCAGCUUUUGGGGAUGGUGACGUUGCCUGAAAAGCGAUGGAGGGCUCGACCAGGAGGGGGCGCUGCGAGGAGAGACCCAGCCGUAAAGGGUCAGGCAGACGAGGAUGAGGAGGGUCUUGAAAGCGGGGACUGUGAUGAUGAAGAUGAGUGUACAGGUGUUUCUGGACUCGGGCCGCCCCCGAGACACAAACGUCUGCGCAUCUUUGCAGAUUUGGCAGAUAACUUGGCAAUUGACGACUUAACACUUCAUGAAUUGCUCCUGACUCCCAGACUGGCCACAGACUCCCAAGGCGGAGAAUCCGUACCUGGAGCGGCACAGGCGGCAUAUUUUCCUAGUGCAACCUUUAUUUUUACCAUCAUCAUAAUUUUGGGUCUUCAGUGAUCACGUCUGAAGCUCUAAUGAUGCCCAAGUGUACAUAUAGCUCCAUGAUUUUGGCCAAGGACAAGAACCUUUCCUCUUCUCAGUCUCAAGUCUUACUAUAUAAACCUGUUCUUUUCUAUAUUUUGUGCGGACCUGAGGAUCGAUUUCAUCUAAAUGCUCAGACUAUGAACUCAUUCUUCUACAGCAUGAAGAGCAUUACUUAUACAUAGAAGAAUCAUGUUCUUUCCCUCCGAACUCGUAUGCCACACAACAGCCAUGUGUUUUAUAUUGAGCAUCGCCUCCCCUCUGCUAUACACAUGCAGUUUUACACAAAGGCCAAAGCCUUCUGGAGGAAAAGGAGCUAAAUCGCUUUUGAAAAGACAAAGAGGCUCAGCUUUUGUGAGUGAAUGGGCACACUUAAGGAGAAGGAAGCGUGACUGACAGAGUCUGGGAACACAUACGACCGCGGUCUCAUACAUACACCGCAGUGAGCUUCUCCUCUGCUGCUCAUUUCCUGUGCAGUAAAUGACCCUUGGAUUGGAGGACAUCAAGGCAUCGGCAUGUCGUUGUGAAACCCUCUCCUUACAGGGCGACACAGCUGUGCUUCAUUUACAAAAAAAAUGCUUUAAAACAGUUUUAUUAGAAUGCUGACUUUCUCUCUUCAGAAAAUGUGGUAUUUUAUAAUCUCUCUUUGAUUUCGUCGCUCAUUAUCUCUCUUCCUUUUUCUUUCAUUUCCUCUAUUCUUGGAUUAUAAUCGUGUGAUUAAAGCAUUCUCUUAAAUGGACACACACAAAACUUCCUGUUUUUCCUCUCUCCUUUUCGCAAGUCGCUGUAGCAUUUGCCUUCAGUGAAAGAUGGCUUGAUGGAUUUGUGCAGCUUUAAAGUUUUCUGUUUCUAGGCAUCUUCAUAUACAAAGGGCUAAAGCUGUCAUUUCAGAUCAGAAUGGGAAAACUAGUGUUUACACUGUUUUCCUUUUAUAACCUGAUAUUUAAUCUGUUACUGUUCUUCUUCAUCUGUCACGUGUGUUUUAAACAAAUUGAAAGAAUCAGCUUCAUUGUGCUAGACAUCCCCAAACUGGAAUGAUACACAGUGUCCUGCAAGUUUUAAGAAGAUUACCAAUUUUAAAUCAUACUUUUUUUUCUGUUGUUGUAUUAUUUCAAAGCACUUAAACUCAAAGUAAUUUUGAAGAUGAAGAGUGUAAUGCAUUUAUUUAUUUAUUGUGUCUUUGUGCCUCCUUCCCAGAAAACCAUCCAAAUCCAUUUGAAGAUUGACUUCCUCAAAGGUUGUAAACACUGCUGGGCCUUUUCAGAACUCUUUGUUUGAGUGGUUAUGUCAACUUCUGCUUCCACCAGAGACUUGAGUUCAGAUCAAAACGGUCUGUUAGCUCAAAGUGUUUUGGGAAUCUGUUUGGGUUUUUGGCAAUUCCAUUCCACUUGCUCACCAAUGGAUCCUCUAAAGUGAAUGGGUGCCGUCAGAAUGAGAAUAAGAGUUCAAACAACUGAUAGAAGCAUCACAAUAAUAAACAAGUAAUCCACACAACUCUAGUCCAUCAGUUAACAUCUUGUGAGUUUGUGAGAAAUAAAUCCAUAAUUAAAGCAUUUUAUUCUGGCUGAAACUCAAGUUCAUAAUCAGUUACAUCUCUUGCCCCAAAAAUAAAGUCUAUCCCCUGUUGUUGUCGAUCAUCAAA